AUGUUUGACACUCACGAGCAUCUCACCGACGGAAAUACCAGUAAAGAAGAGGAUCCCUUGCCUGAAGAUGAGCACUCUACAGUGGAUGAGACACCAGAUCAUCUAGGGAGAUCGGAAGCUGACGCCCCUCCUGAGUCACUUUCGGAGGCGGCCCAUGUGACUGAGUCGAAAGACGAGAAGUCUCAUACUCCAGCCCAUAAGGAAGACGAAAGUAAGUGUGAUAGGGAACAAGAAGAAAAGGAAGGAAGUGAUAGGGCUAACGAAGAAAACUCUGAUGGUGACCCUAAUGCUAGCAAAGACAACGAUAGCGAAGAAGGAGCCAACGAAGAAAUCUCCGAUGAUGACCGAAACCCUGACAAGGACAACUUUGAUGAACAAGAAGCUAAUGAAGAAAGCUCCAGUGGAGAUCACAAUCAAAGCAAUGAUGAAAAAGAAGGGAUUGCUGAAGAAAGUCCUCCAACCCCAGAGUCACAUCAUGAGGAGGUGGACGAGCCGAUGGUACAAGAGGAGGUAUGUAUCAAAAAGAUCAUUUCCAUGGACACAGAUGAUGUUGAGGAUCAGGAUAAGAAUGUCGUAGCCACUGAAGCUGAUGAAGACGGAAGGAUUACUGACGACGUAAUGGAAGUUGUCGAGGAAUGCUGCCAAGAGGAAGAGUUCGACCUGUUGAAAAUACCGAGUGUCUUUUGGAAU